AUGUUUCGAUUUGCAUCGUUGUUCGGUAUGGCGAAAUCAUCUCAACGCAUCUUCUAUGUCUCAAGUAAAAAUAAGUGCUGUUUUGAGCAAGCGAAACGCAUCAUCAAUGUUUUCCCAAAUUUUCAACCACAUAUUUAUUUUGUGGAUAAUUCGCCAUCAAACGCGAAAUUCAUAAGGCUCGCCAGUUCGGUUACGAAAUAUCCGGGCAUUAAACGAGUAGCAAGUGAAAAAGCGCAGAAUGUUGUACUGAGUGGCCUUACUUGCUUCCAAAGCUAUAAGUAUUUUCACAAACAUCAUUCUAUUAUCAUCAAAAUCCUGCAAUUUAAUGAAAAUAUCCGGCAACAAGGCAGUCAAAUUGCACGAAUAAUAUUUGGAUCAGAUGCAAGUCAUAAAUUGUGUGUGCAUAUUCGCAGAACUGAUUUUUUUGAUACGCAUUCUCUAUUGCCAAGCGAUGAAUAUUUUACAAAAAUGGCGAUAGCAUAUGUGACAGCUAAAAUUGCUAGGACAAUUUAUAAAUUGCCGGCUGAUGUUGAACCUGAAGUGGAAAUGUCUUUUGCGAUUGAUCACUGCGACAGUUUUAUCAUGACGGCGUCGUCUUCAACGUAUGCAUUUUGGAUUGCUUAUCUAAUGGGUGAAAAACCAAUAUAUUAUCGAAGAUUGACCUCAAACAGUGGCACUAAUGAAAAAGAUUUUUUUCGCUUCGAUGCCUUCUUGCCGCAGUGGAAAGCGAUUCGUGAAUUUGCGCGAUUUGCAGUCUAA